AUGACGGUUGCGCGGCCGGUGCGGGCGUUGAUCGCCGUGGGAAUUAUUCUCUGGUGCUUCUUUUUGUUCCAAAUAUUUGCUCCCUCCUGGGGUUUGACAGGUCCUGGAGAGCGCUAUUCUAACUUUGAACGGGAUCCCAAUCUUGAUCCUACCGACGAACCGGAAGGCGUACUACAUCGAACGAGUCCGAGAUAUGCGCACGACGCAAAGAAGACGGAGCGCAUCGACGCCACCUUGCUGGCGCUCGUCAGGAACGAGGAGGUGGACGCCAUGGUGAGCUCGAUGCGCGACCUCGAGCGCACAUGGAACUCCAAGUUCAACUACCCGUGGACCUUUUUCAACGACAAGCCUUUCACCGAAGAGUUUAAGCGCAAGACGAGCGCCGCGACAAAGGCCAAGUGUAACUACGAGGUCAUCCCCGCCGAGCACUGGGACGCCCCGUCUUGGAUAGACAACCAGAUCUUUGACGAGUCGGCCAAGAUCCUCGAGAAGAACGGCGUGCAGUACGCCCGCAAGCUGUCGUACCACCAGAUGUGCCGAUGGAACAGCGGCCUCUUCUACAAGCACCCGGCCCUCAAGGACAUACGCUACUACUGGCGCGUUGAGCCCAACGUGCACUUCUUCUGCGACGUUGAUUAUGAUGUCUUUCGCUACAUGCACGACCACAACAAGACGUACGGAUUCACCAUCAACCUCUACGACGACCCCAAGACCCUGCCCUCUCUGUGGCCCGAAACGGUCAAGUUCCUCGCCGAGCACCCGGAUUACAUCCACGAGAACAGCGCCGUCAAGUGGGUUACCGAUGACACUCGCAGGCCGUCGACGAACAAGAAGGCCCAGGGCUACUCGACUUGUCACUUCUGGAGCAACUUUGAGAUUGCAGACAUGGAGUUUUGGCGCAGCAAGCCCUAUGAAGACUACUUUAACCACCUCGACCGUGCUGGUGGGUUCUUUUAUGAGCGAUGGGGCGAUGCUCCCGUUCACAGCAUCGCGCUGGGUCUGUUUGAGGACUCUAGCAAGAUUCACUGGUUCCGAGACAUUGGAUAUCAGCAUAUCCCCUUCUUCAACUGUCCCAACUCACCAAAGUGCAAAGGCUGCGUAACCGGCCGUCUCACCGACGGUGAAGCCUGGCUACAUCGCGAAGACUGCCGUCCCAACUGGUUCAAGUACGUUGGCAUGGGCUGA